AUGGAGCCCGCCCCCGUGCGCCCCGCCUAUACCCUUGCCCCCGUGCCGGGUGUUGUCUCCCCCCCCGCCGCUGCCGACGACGACGACCCGAACUGCGCCCUCGUCCUUACCGCUAACGCCUUAACCCCGACUCGGGCUGGUGGCCGUUCCGGUAGCGUACCGAGCGCGCAGCUUGGCGUGUUCGCUUAG